AUGCCUAAGAGAAGCAAACUGCUCCAGGCUCUCGAUGAGCACAAGGGGAGGGACUACGAUGCUGAGAAGCAGAAGAAGCUGGUCAAGGCCGCGAAGAAGAGGAAGGGUUUGACCGGUGCGGAGGAGGAGAAGGUGAAGGAGGAAUUGGUUAAGGCCAAGAAGCCCGAGGAAUCUGGAUCCGAAUCCGAGGAGGAAGAGGAGGAGGAAGAGGAGGAGGAAGAGAGCACAAACGAGGCCGAGGCCGCCGAGGAAUCACAAGACGAUGCCGCCGAACGCGGCGAAGACGACGAGGAAGACGAGGAGGAGGAGGAAGAAGAAGAAGAUAUCCCACUCUCCGACCUCUCCGAAGACGAGCGCGAAGACGUAAUUCCCCACCAACGCCUCACAAUCAACAACACGACCGCCCUCACGGCCUCCACAAAGCGCAUCUCCUUUAUCACCCACCUUACCCCUUUCUCCGAACACAACUCGAUAGUCAGCAAAGCCGAAGACGAAAUGGAGAUUCCAGACCCCAACGACGACCUGAACCGUGAGCUGGCAUUCUACAAGACUGCGCAGACGGCCGCUAUCACCGCGCGGAAGUUGCUGAAGAAGGAGGGCGUGCCGUUCACGAGACCCCGCGACUACUUUGCGGAGAUGGUCAAGACAGAUGAGCACAUGGGUAAGAUCAAGAAGAAGCUUUACGAUGAGGCUGCGGGCAAGAAGGCUGCCGCGGAGGCAAGGAAGCAGCGCGAUCUGAAGAAAUUCGGCAAGCAGGUGCAGGUUGCGAAGUUGCAGCAGCGCGCGAAGGAGAAGAAGGAGGCGAUUGAGAGGAUCAAUGACUUGAAGAAGAAGCGAAAGAACGACACAUCCGGCCAAGACGGCGGCGCCGACGACCUCUUCGACGUUGCCGUUGAAGACGCCGUCUCCGAGAACCCCCGCAAGCGCGCCCGCGGUGACACGAGCGGCCCCAACCUGAAGCGCCAAAAGAAGAACGAGAAGUACGGCUUUGGCGGCAAGAAGCGGCAUGCGAAGAGCGGUGAUGCGAUGUCAAGUGGUGAUCUCCGAAACUUCUCCGUUAAGAAGAUGAAGGGUGGUAGCGGUGGCCCCAAGCGUCCCGGAAAGAGUAAGCGGGCUGCCGCUAGGGGACGGGCUUAG